CUCAUUGUGGUUUUGGAAUGAUCAACCGUGACACACUAUUGAUGCCCUCAAGGUUUGAGCCCUGUGGGCUAAAUCAAUUGUAUGCAAUGAGAUAUGGAACUAUGCCUAUGGUUCAUGACACUGAGGGACACAAAGAUAUUGUAAAAAAAUUCAAUCCAUAUGCUCAGGAAGGCAAAGGUGAAGGUACAGGAUGUAGGAUAAUAGAAGGGGCCUCUUCUAGAUUAAUGCAGGACAAAUUCAGUUCAUUUCACUUGAGAAUAAACCAAUAGCAUCUUAUGUGUUUGCCAUUAAAACUCAU